UUUCCGCAGGGAGAAAACUACAAUUCCCAGGGAGCUCCGUCAACGUGUUCCUUGUCAAUAUGGCUGUUGUCACACAGACAAAGCACACGCAAAUCAUUCGCCUCUGAUUAGAAAUCCUCGGGAAACAUUCAGACAUCAAACUGCAUCACACCGCGGCCUCGGUUCCCUCCGAGGUGGGCCCUUCGGUCGUGUCGUGGACUGCAAAUGUUCAAGUGGACGAUUUAACGCCAGGAUGUCCGACUUCAGCGAGGAGCCGCGCUUCACGAUCGAGCAGAUAGAUCUGCUGCAGCGGCUGCGUCGCUCAGGCAUGACCAAGCAGGAGAUUCUCCACGCACUCGAAACUCUGGACCGGCUGGACCGGGAGCACGGCGACAAGUUUGGUCGCCGCACCUCUUUCUCCUCCUCUUCCUCCUCCUCCUACGUAGUAGGCGGGACCAAUAGCUGCACCAACAACUCUGCCUCUAACAACACUGCCUCGGCAACCACCACCUCUUCCGCCAUGUGCAAUGGCGACACCGGCGCCAUCAACAGCGGCGAAGCUGCCGUACGCGGCCACUCCACAACCACUGCCUCCUCUACGACCUCCAAGAUCUCCACCGCCACGCAGACCCAGUUUGGAACCGGCGGGGCACUCUCGCCCUCGCCAAGUAACAGCUACGACACGUCCCCGCCUCCAGCGCCGCCGCCACCUUCCACCAUCCUGCCCUCGCCUGUGUCGCUGGUGGCACUGUCACAGAACGGGCGUGACAGCCUAGCCGCCACACCUAAUGGGAAGCUAUCUCCUCCUCGGUACCCGGUGAACAGCGCCGCAGCAGCAAGAACCUUCGGGUUUGAGGCUACGGAAGAUGACCUAGACGUUGAUGAUAAGGUGGAAGAGCUGAUGAGGAGGGACAGCAGUAUGGUGAAAGAAGAGAUUAAAGCCUUCCUGGGUAACCGCCGGAUCUCUCAGGCAGUGGUGGCACAAGUCACGGGCAUCAGUCAGAGCAGGAUCUCCCACUGGCUGCUGCAGCAUGGCUCCGACCUGAGCGAGCAGAAGAAGAGAGCCUUCUACCGCUGGUACACGCUAGAGAAAACCACGCCAGGUGCUACUUUGAACAUGCGACCUGCACCCUUGCCUCUGGAGGACAUGGAGUGGAGGCAAACCCCUCCCCCCCUCGCCACUGCCCCAGGAACAUUCCGACUUCGGCGGGGAAGCCGCUUCACCUGGCGGAAAGAGUGUCUGGCCGUGAUGGAGAGCUACUUCAACGACAACCAGUAUCCCGACGAGGCCAAAAGGGAGGAGAUCGCCAACGCCUGCAAUGCUGUUAUUCAGAAACCAGUGUUGCCAUGUUUUUCAGGGAAGAAGCUGUCUGAUCUGGAGAGGGUCACCUCCCUCAAGGUGUACAACUGGUUUGCUAACCGGCGCAAGGAGAUCAAGAGACGAGCUAACAUUGAAGCCACAAUCCUGGAGAGUCACGGAAUAGACGUGCAGAGUCCUGGCGGACAUUCCAACAGCGACGAUAUUGACGGGAACGAUUUCAGCGAACAGGCGUGCGAUCUGCCAUAUUUUGACAAGAGACCUCUCAGCCGACCGUUUGGCCUUUACCGCCUGGAGCCCACCUCACCGACACAGGAGGACAGCGCCGCCCACAGCGAGCACCAGGACCCCAUCUCCUUGGCUGUGGAGAUGGCCGCCGUCAACCACACCAUCCUGGCACUGUCCAGAACCGGAGGAGUCCCUGGCGACAUCAAGACCGAGGCUCUGGAGGACGAUUGAGCCGCGCAGGAAAGUUGUGAGGGGGGAGGAAGCGGAAAGAAGGGGAGGAUUUCAAGAAAUAAUGUGAAAGUCCACACUAACCUGAUAUCUAAUCAAACCACUAAAGACAAAGUCUUUAAAAUAUGUGGAGGGAAGAGAAGAGCAAAGAUCUGUGGUUCUAGUCCUUGUUCUAGUCCCUUUACUCUUCCUGACCCACACCCCUCCUUUACCUCCAAAGCCUGGUCGUCUGAGCCGGUUCUCUCUCAGUCUAACUCAGCGUCAACUUCAAAAGAAAAGGUGUACUGUAUAUAAGAUAUUUGGAACUACACGUGUGCUACCUAGCUACGGUCGGUAAGGUUGUACUUUUGCCUCAUCCUUCACCUCAAGCGUGACGACCCACCUGAGAAGUCCAAAAGACUAUUGUCUGCUACCUGGUGGUUGU